AUGAUGCGUCCACUAAUCGUCCUACUAACGUUAUUCGCUGCAGGAUUCGCACAAUACGGUGAAUCGGAGACCGACGGUAACGAUGUGAGUCCUGCGCAGGUACCAUUUUAUCCAGUGAAACCGCCCACGUAUCCUUCGGUGAAACCGUUAGUGCCACCACCAGUUUAUCCUCCGGUGAAACCGCCAACGUAUCGUCCAGUCAAGCCGCCACAACCACCACCAGUUUAUCCACCUGUAAAACCACCACCAGUAUAUCCUCCGGUCCGACCGCCCACAUAUCCUCCGAUUAAACCACCACCUGUUUAUCCACCUGUAAGACCACCACCAGUUUAUCCUCCGGUUAAACCGCCAACGUAUCCACUAGUUAAACCACCACCUGUUUAUCCUCCGAUUAAACCGCCAACGUAUCCACCGGUUAAACCGCCACCGGUUUAUCCACCUGUGAAGCCACCGGUAUAUCCACCGGUAAAACCACCCGUUUACCCACCUGUAAAACCACCAGUAUAUCCACCUCCGGUCAGACCGCCCACAUACCCUCCUGUCAAACCUCCAGUACGACCACCGGUAUAUCCAACUGCACCACCAUCAGCAACACCGCCCCCGUAUCCGCCAACAGCGACUUCACCCACUUAUCCAGUAAAACCACCUCUAAUCGUCGUACCGCCAAGUCCAAAUCCUGCGUCUGGAGUUGGAUUCUCUGCUCCCGGAAAUCCAGGCUAUGACACCUGCCUCAAAACCAAUCCAGAAGUGUUCUGUAAACAAAUGGUAUGGUGGGAUGAAAAUUCAAGGGACCAACCUGCUGUAUUGCUGUCACCGCCCGGAUAUGUUGCGUAUAGUCCCUAUGCAGCUUCGCUUCAGCAGUCUGAUGUCGCCACAUUGCCUACGGAUAGGAAUCAGUGCAUGGAUAUUCCAUGUAUUUGUUUAUUUGCAGGAGGCACGUAUUCAUCCAAUCGUUGUAACUUACCUAGAAAUCAGUACUACGGUAUGGCAUUACGUAAAGAGCUUCGUAUGCUUACUGAUGACGAACGUUUAAGGUUCCGCAAUGCUAUGUGGGCUAUUCGAUCAGUACAGUAUCAAGCUCUGUCGAAGAUUCACUCCAGCUAUGUAACAUCACCGGCAGCUCAUUCUGGACCAGCAUUCUUACCGUGGCAUCGUGAAUUCCUUAAAAGGCUAGAAAUGGCGUUGAGACAAUAUGAUCCGAAUGUCUCUCUACCAUAUUGGGAUUCGACACUCGAUGCAUACCUUGAUGAUCCGAAAGCUUCCGUUAUGUGGAGUGAUGAGCUAUUGGGUUACACGGAUUCGACGAAUUCACUAACUACUGGCAUGUUUGCAUAUUGGCAGUCACUAAUGAACCGUACUACUGUACGUGAGUACGGGAAAGCAGUUAAUUCGAGACCCAUGGCACAGUACUUACUUGAUCUGGUGAAGACACAAGUCAACACUAUUUCGGAUGCGUUGGCGUUCACUGCGGCUUCGAAAUCCUGCCCAAAGAAUUUAAUUCCUCCUUCAAGUGCAAUCGAAUACAUUCAUGGUGGAAAUCAUAUCUGGAUUGGAGGUGAUAUGUUGCUUACCACAAGAUCCACUGGAGAUCCUAUAUUUUUCUUGCACCAUUGUAUGAUCGACUUUAUUUGGGAGACGUGGAGAUUGGCGAAACAGUCGAGAGGACAACGUGAAAAUGACUAUCCUACUGACAAUAUCAACUGCAGCAGUCAAUCGCAUUUCUCCAGAUCUAUUAUGGUUCCGUUUGCGCCUAUGGUAAAUAUGGAUGGGCUUUCCAAUAAAUACACUGAUAACUUGUAUACAUUCGCUCCACGACCAACUUGCACCAGAGUUCAACCUACUUGCGGAUCAAAAUAUCUGUUCUGCCAUGGAACUCAAUUUGUCUGUAUAUCAAGGAUUCGUGCCGGAUUCCGUUGUGAUAGAAAUCGAUAUGGAGGUGUCGAUCCGUGCUACGGUACUUGUGUAAAUGGCAUGUGUCAGGCACCACCGAGAUCGUCUUAUCCAGGAGUGGCCAGCUCACCACAACAAGAACCACUCUACCAAGAACCCAUCGUACCCGAUGAGAGUUGUUUCAACCAAAAUCCUUGUUGUGCCACAUGGGCGGUGAACGGUGGUUGCCAGAAGGAUUCCGUUCGAAUGAGUCUUGUAUGUCCAGCCAGUUGCCAACUGUGUACCCCGAAGGCGUAUGCACUUACAGACGAUUGCACCGAUCGUCACCAUCUCUGCAGCAUCUACAAGGCAGCCGGGAAAUGUGCAUCGAACGAUAAAUUUACGGCGGAGAACUGUCGACAUACUUGUGGAGUUUGCGGAAUACCUCGUAGUACCGGUUGCUUAUAA